GCACUGUUUGCUGCUGUCAAAGUCAAACAAAUAAUUCGAAUGUUGCGAUAUUCAUUUAUUUUGGUCACCGACUUUGAUUAGUUUUGUAGAAAUAGUUUAAUUUUAUUUAGUUUUUAUAUUACAUUCCUCGUCUAUAUUGUAAAAUGGACCCCAUAUCAAUUUUACAAAGCAGAAUUGAGCAAUUGGAAGCCAAACUUGGAUUGGCAGCAAAUGCUCCUCUUGAUGGGCAGCAAGGCGACACAGCUACCGCAAACCUCCUAAAUACUGCUCAAGCCAUCAACAAUGCCACCGCAGGACACGAGAAGCUCUCUGAAGCCAUGCAUAUGGCCUCCGAACUGAACAACUACACUGACCCAAAUUUCGUUGAAAAUAUGCAGCAGAAUGAAAUGCAUAUGCAUCAAGUUGCUGCUGCGGAGCCUGUCCUCAAGCACCACUGUCAUUGCAUGCACCGCUGCAAGCAGGCAGCAUCAGUGCUGGAGUCUGAACCCAUCCAGCAUGCUGCCCAAAUGCAAGAGGUAGUCAACAACAUGCAGGCAGCCGCAGCUGAAGUGAAGGUGGAAGCUGAUGCAGUAUCUCAAGGUGUACAAGAACUCGCAGAAACAUGCGGCGCGGCCGCCUCCGAUGCAUCUGAACAACUAGCCAAUGUUGCUCAGAAAGUAGAACAAGCUGAGCAAAAGCUCUUCCCUCGCAGAAGGAAUGGCCUUGACUAAUUACUCAAGGCAGUUGCUUAUUGUUAUCUAAUGUAAAUGAUUUAUUUAUUCAAAUUCGCUAAAAUUAAAAGUAUUGCUUUAACAA